GCAUGCUCUUCUCACCCUUUCUUCUCUUGCUCUUGCUCUUUCAAUCUUUGUUUCUGCAUAGUGCUCCUUCCUCCUCCUUCUAGUGCGGGGAACCGGAUCUCACUAUUCCCUCCGAAACCUGCCCUCUCUCAUUUCUUCUCGUAUUCCUCGUCUGUUAACUCUUCCAGUUGCCUGAUGAUUUCAUGGGGUUCUGGGGAUCUCUUGGCAGCCCCGGGUUGGUGUGCCGCAUGCUUCCCAAUUUUGGUUGUUUCCAAUUCUUAGGUUCAACUUUGCAAAUGCAUAUUCUUAGGUUCAGUUGAAACUUAAGUGACCGUAGGCUGAUACGUUAUGACAUCAGCACUUCGUUUCUAGUUAGGAGGGUCUGCAUGCAAUUUUGUUUUGUUUUUUUGCGAGUGUACUUUUUUAUCGGGAACGAGGUUCUGUCGAUCUGUACCGUGUCACUUUCGUUGCUGUGGGUAGCUAUAUGUUUGUCAACUACAUACCUACCUAGCUUAAAAGCAGUCACGGAACAUUUCAGGUUAUCCCUGCAUCAUGCUAUUUGAGCUGGUGAUAUUGAAUCUUAAUCUUUUAUGAGGUGCCCUUUAGAAGCUGGGUAAAAUGACACCAAGCUACUAGUACGAAACGCAGCAUCUGCAUCUGAUCUGGAAUGGGAUAAGUGCUGUUGCUUUACAAGAACCAGCCCAUCUUAAAUACAGUCAGUGAUAUGAAAAGCUGGACAACGAAUUGAUGGAUACGGGAGCGAUAUUGUGAUUUGUUCCGAAACAGACGUAUCAUGGUCGUGCACGUUCCGUCAUUUACCGUGGCCGUCACGAUUUGCCACGGCAGGAGGGUAGGGACAGGUCAAGCAUCAAAAAGAUGCGUAUGCUUUAGGGGGAUGGGCAUCAAAGAGUAGAUGCAUAAUUGGUCCUGCAUCAAACAUCACUGGACAACUUCUUUCCGUUCUUGGUCCUCCUACGAUUUUGGAGCUAGCCAUCAUCAAGUUACUGGAUCUUCAGACGAGUCUUUUUUUCCUUUUUGCAACACUGAGUUUCACGUGCCGUUGGUGCAUACAGAUUUAUACCUUACAGCAUCUUACUUCAUACAAUUACAUUUCUACCCUAGCCUUUUUGAGCCUCAUGUGCGCUGCCCUCUCUCUUCCUCACUCUUCUCUGCGUGUUGCUCAGCAUGGGCUCUGCUGCCAGUCGCACAGCUUCCCAUCGAUCUCAGACCCCAAAUGCGAGUAUUGAGGAGUUCGUGCAAUCACGUGGUGCUACGCAACAACCACGCCAUUUAAGUCCUGAGAAUGUCAGGGAAGGGUACAUUGUAAGGAGCACCGAAAGUCAUAGAUCAGCAAGUAGGAGUGUAUCUGCUGAUCCUGCGCGACUUCUCGGAGUUGGCAGUGGCACCAGCAGCGAUUCCUCGCUGUGUACAUCUUAUCCUGAUCUGACAGGUAACGGGAGCCCUACUCUGAUGGUUGAAUUGGAGGCGGUUGGUAGCGCACAGGCUGGAUCUUCGAGCACAACUCCUUAUCCUACAACUUCAUUACUUCCAUCUGUUAGAACAGGAUCCUCACGAGAAAUUUAUCAAGAUGGUAGAGACAUCUUUCUCGAAGAAGAAGGUAGUAGGCAGUUGUCAAAUGAAAGGUUGCAUAUGGCUUGUGCGACUACUCUGCGGCGGCAGAGAGUGAACGAAAUGCAGGAACAGCUUCGGAGAUGUGCAGGACUUCCACCUGCCCUUGAUUUACAUGAGCUAGAAAGACGAGGUCUUAUGGCGACAGAAACAGUUGAAGCUCAGCGUCGCAUGGAAGUUAUGUCAGGCACGGUACAUCAAGGGCUUUUCACCUCGGGAAGCGGUCGAGACUCUCAUGAUAUGUCUGCCUGGGCGUCGCCCUCCUUUGUGCAGGUCUUGGAUCACUCAGAUUUGUGGCAAGGUGGUUAUGCAGGGCCUUCCAGCUCCGUGCCAAGUUCAGGUCGUGCAAGUCCUCCUGUUGGAGAUAGAUUAGGAAUGAGACUCGAUAGCGUACCAGGUCGAGAAAGCAGGCGCACAAAUGGGAGGAGGCUGUGGGACGCUUUGUCAAGGGCAACUUCACAUCGUCGCUCAACCGCAUCAACAGCUGCAGUGGGUGACGACAUUGAGGAUGCUAUAUCAAUCGACGAUGUUGAUAGCGUGGGGGUGGGUAUUUUACACAGCAGCAGGACUCUAGAUCUAGAGGAACGACGGAGAAGGGUUAGAUCGCAGGUGUGGGCUCUUCGACGUCUGAGCAAUGGCUUGGAGGGAGUUCCUUGGCAUUCUAGGACAUGCACUGUAAACCAUCACGGGCAUCGUUGCUCUUGCGAAGCGCAAGGACCGGUUGAUGAUACGAACACAAGGGCUAGCAUCUCUCGCAUCAUUAUGCUGGCUGAAGCUCUUUUCGAGGUGCUUGAUGAAAUACACAGGCAAUCUGUGGCGCUUUCGAGGUCUGCAACUAUGUCACGAGCUUCUCUUCCUGCUCCUUCAACCAUUGUGGACAGCUUUCCAACUCGCAUUUAUUUGAGCAAGUCUGCAGUUGCUUGUAACGAAGCUGUGCAGUGUCAUAUCUGUCUGGUGGAGUAUGAAGAUGGAGACGAGAUAAGGGUUCUUCCCUGUCAGCAUGAAUAUCACAAAGAUUGUGUUGACAAGUGGCUGAAAGAGGUUCACAGGGUGUGCCCUCUCUGUCGUGGCGAUGUGUGUGAUUUGAAGUCAGUCGAGACAUCCGUCGAGACAACUGUAUCAGAGAAUAUCUGACUAACUACAUCAAGCAAGCUGUAAAGUAUGUAUGGCUAGCUAUAUGUUGCAGUGCAACACAAGUAGUUUGCCUCUACCAAGGGAAUAUGUUAAGCCUGAAUUAUCAAAAAAAAUUAUCGUGUUUGAAUUUGUUUACUACAU